AUGAAUCAGUAUAGCGACCAGCCAUACUAUGAUGGCUAUUGGUUAAGAACUAAUAAAAAUAAUCAGUAUAGCUACCAGCCAUGUUAUGGCUAUUUGCUAAAAACUGAUGAUGGUCAAAAUAAUCCUCAGCCAAAAAACUAUGGCUAUGAGGAAGAUAGUGAUUAUGAUGAAGAUGAUCAUGAGCCAAACUAUGGCCUUGAUCAAAAUAAUCCUCAGCCAAACGAUUAUGGCAAUGAGAAGAACCUGAUUAUCAUCAAAAUACUCAUGAGCCAACUAACUAUGGCUACGAGGAAGAUAAUGAUGGCUGUGAGGAAGAUAAUGAUUAUGACGAGGAUAAUCAUGAGUCAAACUAUGGCUUUGAUUGUCAAAACUCUGUUAAUGGAUAUGUGGAACCACUUAAGGGUUCUAAUUCAUUUGACAAUGAAGUGGUUCAGCCAAGUCAUGGCUAUGCAGCAAAUACAGCAACUAACAAGCCUCUAG